UGGAAGUUGGGGCUGGGCUGUAGGCAGAUUGGUGCUUGUUUACGUUCGCAAGCGAGUUGGGGUUUACAUGGGAAAUUCUUUACGGGAGAGACGUUUAUAAUGAAGCUGUGCGACGCUUAGCUGCAGGCUCAGCUAUUUAAGCUGUUAUGCAUAAUGUAUUUUAAAGCUUGACGCCAUCAGAAGAACGCCGAUACCCGGAGCUUCGAUCUGCCAAAUCCACAAUCCGGAUUGUUGUGCAGGUGUUAGAAAUGUUCUCAACUCAGAAGACAGUGCAUCAUUUACCUAAUGAAAUACUGGAGAAAAUAUUUUCCCACUUGUCAGUUUAUGAGCUGGCUCGAGCUGCAAAUGUAUGCAGGCGCUGGGCAGAAUUGCUCCAGGACACAAGACUGUGGAAAGGGAAGAGAUACGAUGUCGAGGAAAUUGAGAAAAAGGAUGACAUUUUAUUAGUUGCAGGGGUCUGGCCUGCAUUAAUUUAUCUUAAUCUUGUUAAAGGAGAUCGUUUCAGGAUGUCAUUGAAUGUGGCUGGGGCAUCUGUUGAGCUUCCAAACUUGACAGACAAGACAAUACAUUCCAUAGUUGGUACCCUUAUGACAAAAACUUUGUCAGUUGAUGUUCGCCUUCUUGAUGAAGGGCUAGAGAAUUGUCUUGCAGUUCAGACUCAGAAUUUACUUAGGCUUUCAGUGACAAUACCUCCUGGUCCAUUGAACCGAGACAUGAUCAAGCGUACAGAGUCCAGCUUGAAAGCAUUGGCUCACACAUUUUCCAUAGGCGCUGUUCCAUCUCUUCGCUCUUUGCGAAUUAGUAGUGAAAGUGCAGCAGAUGCUAAGUAUGACAGCUGUGCUGGUAGUGAGGUUAUUCUGUCAUUGAGAUCAUGUCCAGAACUCAAGCAGCUAAGAAUCUCUGGAUGUACUUGUGUGUCUUGGAAAAUGGUUGGUCGCAGAGACGAGUUACGUGUUUUGUCUGUUGUUCAUUCAAAAAUGAAGGAAUUCUUAAUCCAUGAGCAAUGUCAAAAUUUGAGAGAUAUCACACUUGAGCAUUGCCCCUUCUUGAAAAAAAUACAGUUCUGGGCUAAGCACCAUAAUUUGAAUUUGCAGUCGCUGCGCAUCUGCAACACCAGCAUAAAUUCAGAGGCGCUGGAGUAUGUGUGUAAAGCUGCACCUGGGCUUGAUGUACUUGUUAUUCAGUCUUGCCCUAAAAUAACAUUUACAUCAUUUGUUCGCCAUUGCUUCAAUCUGCAACAUUUUGAACUGAGCAAAUGGUCACCCGACGAGAAGUAUUUCUAUUUUGACCUUGCUCUGCUACCCUCAGGUCUGCGACAUCUGUCGAUGAUGAAUACAACAGUGCGUGAGGAACAUAUGGAUCAUAUUUUGAAGCGACUGCCAAUGCUGGAAACACUCAAUCUGGGUGGUUGUGUGUGUAUAUCAUCUGUGUCUUUUCUUGAGCACUGCCCAGAGUUAGUUGACUUGAAUCUGUCUGGCUUGUGCCAAGUCCCAGCUACAUCAUUUUCUGUUCUGGCAGAGUUGAGGAAACUGAGAAACCUCAAUCUUCGAAACUGUUCUCUCAGCAGUAAUCUCUUGUGUGGCAUACUACAGAAGAUGCCAAACCUAAAGAAACUAGAUCUCUCUUGCAUACAAACAAUUGGUGACUUGUUUUUUGUCACAAAAUGCCACAGCUUGCGCUGUUUGAACAUGUCUCAUUGCCCUCGUCUCUCACCAGACAUCACAGAGUUGCGGCAACUGACUGAUGUAAGGACAUUGCGCAUCUAUGGAGUGCCAGGUCGCCCAUUCAUAACAGACCUUGAGAGAGACAUCCACAACAACUAAUCCAGUAAUCUGUGACUGUGAUGAGUUCUACAUGUGAAGAAAUCAGUUAACAGAUGUGUGUUUCAUUCUAUCUGUGUGUGUGUGUGUGUGUGUGUGUGUGUGUGUGUGUGUGAGAGAGAGAGAGAGAGAGAGAGAGAGAGAGAGAGAGAGAGAGAGAGAGUGAGUGUGUGUGUGUGUGUGUGUGUGUGUGUGUGUGUGUGUGUGCGCGCGCAUGUCGUGAUGGCAUCUGUGCCUAAUGUGUCAUAUCUAUAUUACUGAAAUGUAGUUUCUCUGCAAUAUUUUGUUUCCUAUUUGUGAUAUCAUAAUUUAUAAUCUUAUUUUACCUGUUACAGUAUUAAAAAUGGACUAUUCACUGUAUGUGUUAAGUAUUGUGUAAAACUGAUUACAGUGAAAAGUGCAACAGCAAGGAAUUUAUUAGAUAACACAUUAGUGAAGGUAUUUAGUACCUGCACUACAACAUGGUACAAAUUUUAUUUUAUGUGUUACGGUACAAAUUUUGUGUUACAUAUUUACAAAGUUAUCAUUUCUUUGUGGUUGAACAAUAUUCACCAUAAUUGAAAUGUGAUUUUGCAUGUUGAAAUUUAUUAAUGUUGAUUUACAUUCCAACUCUUACAAGGUAUGGAAAACAUGUUGCUUCUGUUCAGAAUAUGUCUAGAUGUUUCUCCUGAUUGUAAGUCUUUCAAGCCCACCAAGAGUUAUGGGCUACUUGAGAUGCACAGCCACACGUCAUAUGGAUGAGGUGACCCACACUGAUACCAAAUGGAUAUUUCAGACAACGUUAAAUACUUUGUGUUCUUUUGUACUAUGUAGUCCAGGAAAGAGAAAUUUUCUGAGAUUCGGUAAACACAUGGAUGCACAUGAAGAUUUAUCAAAACCUGUAGAAGACUGGUAUGUCAAAUGUUUAUUCUGAAGGAAUUAACAAGUCUAAGUUACUAGCAAAUGUUGUAUGCUUUAUUCUGAUAAUUUUCCCUGGUAUGCCAGUAGACAAAAGUUUGAAAAUGCAAGUUUAGGUAGAAUACAAAAAAUUAUGACACACUGAAAGUAAUAACUGGUUUUAAGCUCAUCAGCAUCAUAGAGCAAACUCUGAAUAUGGUGGUCUUUAUUUAAGAAAACAGUUUUUUUUAGAUUUGGAAGGGUGGUGGAGUGUGUGUGUGUGUGUGUGUGUGUGUGUGUGUGUGUGUGUGUGUGUGUGUGUGUGGGGGGGGGGGGGGGGGGUUAGAAAUAUAAAAAAUAAGCUGAGGAAUGUGGCAGAUAAACAAACAAAAUCAUUUAUUUAAUGGUCAUGUGUUCUCCAAGAAAACUGCAAAUCAACCUGCCUCUGCAUAACUUGCUGCUUUCUCUUAAUUUCUUAGUUAUGUUCAGUUUGUCUUCUGUUUUUAUGUCAUGCCUCUUUCCUGUUUGUAGUUUGCAUUCAGUUGACACAUGGGUGGACAUGAAGAUCGAUCAAAAUAAUGAUAUACUUAAUACAAAGCUGCUGAAGCCUACUUUGCCAAAGAUUUGUUUGGAGGAAUUUGCAUGUGUAAUUUACUGCAUAAUGUUCUGAAGCUAAUUGUGAUAAUUUUUCCCGAUGUACUAAUAGGCAAAAAAUUGAAAUUCCAGCUAAGAAUUUAUUAAAGAAAUGUUAUAAGACACACAGAAAGUAAUUAUUUUUGCUAUCUUCAUCUUCAGCAUCAGAAAACAAAUUCUGACUAUGAAGAUUUGUAACUAAGAAAUGUAUUUCUUGUUGAUUUGGAUGGAUAAUGGAAAAACAGUGGAGGUGGUGUGGUUGAUGUGGAAAGAAGCAAGCUGAGAAAUUGUGGGAAAUCAAACAAAACACUUACUUAAUAGGCAUGUGUUUUCCGAGUAAGCUACUGGUGUAUCUGCCUAACUAGCUGCCUUUUCUUAGUUUCUGUGUGAUGUUCAGUUUGUCUUUUGCUUUUACUACAUGUCUCUGUCCUGUUCUUAGUUUUUCCUCACUUUAACUUUCCUGUUUGCCACCUUUUCUACCUGCCUUCACUAAUAUUAUUUUCCCCUCUUACAAAGAAAGUUUUUCUUGUCCUGACACUAAGUAAUAGCAUUGACUUUUGCUACCACAUUCUUUAUUGCAUUUCAGGGAGUGCAUAUGUAUAUCCUUAAUUUAGAUCUUCCAAAGAGCUUACAGUAAAUGGUUAUUUUUGCUGUUUACUACUAUAAGACUGUUAACUGGCAAGUAGGGAAAAUCUGUGUAUGAUAUGUUGGUUAACUUAAUAUGAAGCAAGAGUUCUGUGAUUUUCUUCUAUGUGCAUGUGUAUGUCUUGUCACAUGGGAACAUACAACAGUUUCUUCUAUUUUAUGUGUGUUAUGUAAAAUUUAUGUAGUCAGUUGUACCUGUUUCAGUAUUAAAAUGAAGAUAUUUCUGUGUAACACGAGAAAAAAAAAGAAAAAAAAAAGAAAAAGAAAAAGCAAACAUGGUUAUGACUGUAGUAAGGAAAAGUGAUGUACUCAUGAGAAGACUGAGUUUAUGUGUAAGCUGGGCAUAAAUGUCUAGCGCCAUAGCAAAAGUUGGAAACCCAAACAGUCCUGUUGACAUUACGUUAUCAGGAAAUGUCAAAUUUGUCAGAAUACCAGAAUAAUUAUAUCAUCUUGUUGUAAUGUCAGCAACUGAAGAUUUAUUCUGUAUUUAGCUGUCAGAUACAAGAUAUAAUUGUGUGUUGUGUCUAAAGUAAAACCAGUUUUUUGCUCUUCAUGCAAAACUUUCCUUCAGUAUCAUACUGUGUCCAUGAUGUCUGUAGUGUACAUUGGUGUGUAGAUACACUUGUUUUUUUACUCAGUGAUCCUGUCUUUAAGUUUGAUGAUUUGUUUUUAGACCAUUUACAUACCGAAAUGAAAAGAAAUGCUACUGUAAUAUGCUCUUUCUUUUUUUUCCCCUUUUUUUCCUUUUUAAGAACAUACAAGGUAGUGUUAGCAACUGAAUAUUUACCCUGUGUUUAACUGUCAGAUUCGAGAUAUACAUGUGUUGUGUGUUAAAAGUAAAACCCAGUUUCAUAAUGAAUUGUUGCUCGUCAUGCAUAGCUUUUCGUCAGGAUCAUAUUGUGUUUAUGAUAUCUGUAGUGUACAUUGGUGUGUAGAUAAGCUUGCUCUUUUAUUAAACUGAUCCUGUCCUACAUUUCAUGAUUUGUUUUUAAACUGUUUAAUCUACAGAAAUGAAAAUAAAUGUGACAGUAAUAUAUUCUUUUCUUAACUGACAGUCAUGCUUUGUUUAAAGAACGUACAAGGUAAUGUUAGCAACUGAAUAUUUACUCUGUGUUUAGCUGUCAGAUACAAGAUGUAAUUGUGUGUUGUGUCUAAAGUAAAACCAGUUUUUUGCUCUUCGUGCAAAACUUUCCUUCAGUAUCAUACUGUGCCCAUGAUGUCUGUAGUGUACAUUGGUGUGUAGAUAAGCUUGUUCUAUUAUUCAUGUGAUCCUGCCAUAUGUUUCAUGAUUUGUUUUCAGACUGUUUAAUCUACUGAAAUUAAGAGGAAUAUGACAGUAAUAUGACCUUUUCUUUGCUGACAGUCAUGCUUUUUUUUAAAGAACAUACAAGGUAAUUUCAGCAAUUGAAUAUUUACUCUGUGUUUACUUGUCAGAUUCAAGAGAUAAAUGUUUUGUUAUGAGUCAAAAGUGAAACCCAGUUCUGUAAUGAAUUGUCGCUCUUCACACACAACUAUUCUUCGGGAUCACACUGUUUCUAUGAUGUCUGUAGUGUACAUUGGUGUGUAGAUAAGCUUGUUCUUUUAUUCAAAUGAUCCUGUCCUAAGUUUUAUGAUUUGUUUUUAGACUGUUUAACCUACAGAAAUGAAAAGAAAUGUGACAGUAAUAUAUUCUUUUCUUAACUGACAGUCAUGCUUUGUUUAAAGAGCAUACAAGAUAAUGUUAGCAACUGAAUAUUUCUCUGCAUUUAGCUGUCAGAUACAAGAUGUAAUUGUGUGUUGGGUCAAAAGUAAAACCCUUUUUGUAAUGAAUUGUUGCUCUUCAUGCAGAACUUUCCGUCAGUGUCAUUAAUGUGCCCAUGAUGUCUGUAGUGUACAUCGGUGUGUAGAUAAGCUUGUUCUUUUAUUCAAGUGAUCCUGUCCUAUGUUUCAUGAUUUCUUUUCAGACUGUUUAACCUACUGAAAUUAAGAGGAAUAUGACAGUAAUAUGCUAUUUUUUUGCUGACAGUCAUGCUCUUUUUUUUUUUUAAAAAAAAAAGAACAUACAAGGUAACUUCAGCAACUGAAUAUUUACUCUGUGUUUAGUUGUCAGAUACAAGUGAUAAAUGUUUUGUUAUGUGUCAAAAGUGAAACCCAGUUUUGUAAUGAAUUGUUGCUCUUCAUGCAAAACUGUUCUUCAGGAUCACACUGUGUCUGAUGUCUGUUGUGUACAUUGGUGUGUAGAUAAGCUUGUUCUUUUAUUCAAAUGAUCCUGUCCUAAGUUUUGUGAUUUGUUUUUACACUGUUGUCUUCAUUGGCUGUUGUUUUAUGCUAUUUGCAAUUUAUGAUAUGAUGCUUUUUGUCUGGCAUAAUGGCCAUAUACAUCAUUGUAUUGUCUGUACGUGUUUUAUUAAAUGUCUAUAACCUAUCGAAAUAAAAGGAAUGUGAAUGUAA